AUGGGCUACAGUCAUAUACCACAUCUAGUCGCUUUGCGCCCUAUUCUUUCCCCUAUCAUUGAACGGUUUGAUAUCCCUAUAUCCAUGUGUCACGGAGAUAUGAAUAUCUGUAAUCUCAUCUUCGAAGGUGGGCUUCAAAACUGGCGUGAAGGACAGAGCAGGAUAUCUUUUGUGGAUUGGGAGCAAGCUGGUUGGAUGCCGUCGUAUUGGGAUGCGUUGAAAGGGACAUGGUUAGAAUUCGAAAAAGAUACGGAAUGGAUGAGGGUAAUGCGGGCGGUUUUUGUCGAGUACAACGACAUAUUGGAUGCGGACUGGGAAUGGAGAACACGUUCUCAGAUUCCGAUACUUUAG